AACGGCAGUAUUAACGUCCGGUUAAGAAAAACACGACGUCCAUUUGGCUCUGGAAAAUACCGUUUACAAAUUUUCUUUUCCUUUCGAUUUUCCCGGAAACCAAACAGAUCAACAUCUGAAUCGAAAAAAAGACUAAACAAAUGGAGAAAUUAGAAGAAGAGGUGGAUAAUUUGAAGAAGGAAUGGGAAGAAGCUUAUUCAAAUACAAAACAUCAUAUUAAAUCAAUCGAAGAAUUUGGGAAAAAAUCAAGAAUCUCAUCGGACGGAGUAGCGCCGGCCACCGGAGAGAACAAUAAUUCUCUUCCGAGAUUGAACGGGUUAGCUCAAGAUGGAUUGGCUUUGCUUCAGUCUUUGCAAUUUAAGCUUGACCUUUUUGCCCCUCAGUUAGCCACUGAUGAUCAAGUUCAAUCUGCUCAAACCUUGCUCCAAUCUUGGAAAACCCUAAUCCAAAGUCUGCGGUUGAGUUUGAGAAAUGCUAAUUUGCAAGCUAAGGCUAAUAUGAGAAAAGUUGCUAAAGAAGAGAGAGAGCUUCUUCUUGGUGGUGGAGAAGAGUCGACAAUUCGAAGGCGUAACUUGCAGACAAAGGCUGGGAUGACAUCUGCUGCCGAGAGUAUCACGGACAGCCUUCGCCGCACUCGUCAGCUAAUGGUGCAGGAGGUGGAACGAAGUGCUAACACUCUCGUGACUUUUGAGGAAUCAACAGGGGUACUGAGGAAGGCUGAAAGUGAAUAUAAAGGUCAUCGCUCAUUGUUGACGCGGACCCGAAAUCUGCUCUCAACAAUGCAGCGGCAGGAUGUACUCGACAGGGUGAUACUUGCAGUGGGACUUCUCUUGUUUUCUUGUGCAGUAUUGUAUGUGGUUUCAAAGCGCAUUGGGCUUCUCAGGUUGCAGAGACAAGUUACUGCUAUUAUAAAAGCCGGUAUGGCUGGACAUGAUGAGAUCAUACCAAGAGUUCUUGAAGAGGGUGGUUUUGCUCAGGUUUAUGACAAUGCAAUUCCCAAGGUGGAGGUACCUUUAGAAGGGAAUAUGCAUGAUGAACUUUAACAUAGGAAUUUAUUUAAAAUAGAAAGAAAAAAAGACUGCCGUAGUAUGUCGAGUCGAGAAGUAUGUCAUUUCUAGUUUUUUUUCCAUGAUACAUUUUUUUAAAUGCAAUUUUUCAGAUUACCUUGUUGUAAUCAGAUUACAUUGCAAAUUUCUACAUAAAAGACGAAUGAACCUCUUCUACAACCAAAUGCAAGAAAUCAAAAGUCUAUUGUGUAUUGCAAUCUGUCAAUGAAUUGAUCUGAAUUUGCCAUUUAAACAAAGAAAUGAUCAAUCAUGAUCUUCAUUGACUGCACCAACCAAAAAAGGAGAUGAUGAUUAAGCUAGAAGCCAGAAAUUUUUGUGGGUUUUUGAAUUCAGAAGAUAGCCUGCAUUUUGGCCCUUUUUCUGCACUCCGACGCAGGUACACUUGCUGUUCUCUAUCAAAUACUCUGCUGUGUCUAUCCCUUUCAUCCCUGAACUCCCCGAUCUCUUAUAUCUGCUUGCGUGCACACACACAUUAUACAAUAUUUGGAUAAUUUAAUUGAUCAUAUUGAGAAUAAUCAUGUAGUUACGGAUAAUUCAUUGAGAUAUAUAUGCAUCAAACUCACCCUAACAAUGCAGUCGAAAGACUCCGUUUUUGCCCGAUGAUGAUGAGAUCACCGCCUAAUAUGUUGCAUGCACCCAGAAUAGCAUUGCCUUUGUCUUUGUUGGUAUCCAUUGGUAUAUUUUCGACCCGGAUACGGAUUUUAGGCUGAGCAAGCUCACAUACCUGCUUCAUUACCUCAAGAAAAUCUAUAUCGGUUCCUUCAUUGUUGUGAAUGUGUUCCUCCAAGAAUUUAGAGGUAGAAGGAAAACUAGACUUUUUCAGGAAAGAAAAUGUAUUUCUCCAUGAAUUCGGAUUUUCGAUAUGAAGAAGUAUAAGCUCAUCAUUUUCAAGAACUACAUGAGAAAUUGCAUAUUCAAGUGCACCUGCCGAUUCCCGGGUUGGUUCAGCCACCAGUAUUAUCUUCCUUGCCGGCGAGCUUCCACUUUCCAUGGCCGGUAGCUCGGUGCUAUGACCAUGAAUUUGGCAACCGCCGCACCACCACCUCCCCCACCACAAACAAAAAGGUAUAAACUUUUGAGGUAGAAAAAAAUGCAAUGGGAAUAAUAUAAUCCUUGCAUUAUGAUUUGUUUUUGUUUAACAAAAAUACCAACAAAUUGUCAGCUAUGAUUUUGUGAUUGACAAGAUAUCCAACAUUGUGUUUUUUUGGUUAAAUUUAGAACAGAAGUUGGUGCA